CGCGCGACGCCACACGGCUCGUCUCUGCCUGCGCCCGCGCGCGUGCGCCGGCGAGGUCGUCGGCCGGCCCACCCAAUGGGGGGGUGCUACUCCGCCUACGCCUCCUCCCGCAAGCUGCGCGGCAGGAUCUCGCUCGUCCUCCCCGACCCGGCCCCCGACGCCGACGCCGCCCCCGCCUCCUCCAACUCCCCGCGCAAGGACGGCGGGGAUGCCGUCGUCGUUGAUGUCGACGGCCCCCCCGCCAUCGCGCCGACGACGGCGGAGGAGUUCGCGCGGCGGUACGUGCUGGGGAAGGAGCUGGGGCGCGGGGAGUUCGGGGUGACGCGGCGGUGCAGGGACGCCGCCACCGGGGAGGCGCUCGCGUGCAAGACGAUCCGCCGGCACAGGCGCCGGGCGCCGCCGCGGAUCAGCGCCGGCGGGGCGGCGGCCGCGGCCAGGGCGGCGGCGGCGCACGCGGAGGACGUGCGGAGGGAGGUGGCCAUCAUGCGCCGCAUGUCGUCGUCCUCCUCCUCGGCGGCGCGCGGCGGCGCGCCAGCCGUGGUGCGGCUCCGCGAGGCCUGCGAGGACCCCGACGGCGCCGUCCACCUCGUCAUGGAGCUCUGCGAGGGCGGCGAGCUCUUCGACCGGAUCGUCGCGCGCGGCCACUACUCCGAGCGCGCCGCCGCCAACAUCUUCCGCACCAUCGUCGACGUCGUCCAGCUGUGCCAUUCCAACGGCGUGAUCCACCGCGAUCUGAAGCCGGAGAACUUCCUCUUCGCCAACAAAUCGGAGGACUCCCCUCUCAAGGUCAUCGACUUCGGCCUCUCGGUCUUCUUCAAGCCAGGCGAUCGGUUCACGGAGGUGGUAGGGAGCGCGUACUACAUGGCGCCGGAGGUGCUGCGGCGGAGCUACGGGCCGGAGGUGGACGUGUGGAGCGCCGGCGUCAUCCUCUACAUCCUCCUCUGCGGCGUCCCUCCGUUCUGGGGAGACAACGACGAGAAGAUCGCGCAGUCGAUCCUCCGCGGCGGCAUCGACUUCGGGAGGGAACCAUGGCCGAGGGUCUCCGCCAACGCCAAGGAUCUUGUCAGGAGGAUGCUUGAUCCUAACCCCUCCACCCGCCUGACGGCGAAACAAGUUCUUGAGCAUCCAUGGCUGAAGAACGCGGACACGGCGCCGAACGUGUCGCUGGGAGACGCCGUGCGGGCCAGGCUGCAGCAGUUCUCCGCCAUGAACAAGUUCAAGAAGAAGGCUCUGGGAGUGGUGGCGAGGAAGAUGCCGGUGGAGGAGCUGGACAAGUACGUGCAGAUGUUCCACCUGAUGGACAAGGACAAGAACGGGCACCUGUCGCUGGAGGAGCUCAUGGACGGCCUCCACAUCAACGGCGAGCCCGUGCCGGAGUCCGAGAUCAGGAUGCUGCUCGACGCCGCGGACACGGACGGGAACGGGAUGCUGGACUGCGACGAGUUCGUGACGGUGUCGCUGCACCUGAAGAAGAUGACGAACGACGAGUACCUGGCGGCGGCGUUCGACCACUUCGACAAGGACGGCAGCGGGUUCAUCGAGGUGGAGGAGCUGCGGGAGGAGCUGGGGCCCAAUGAGCAGGCCAUCCUGGAGAUCAUCCGCGACGUCGACACCGACAACGACGGCCGCAUCAGCUACCAGGAGUUCGAGCUCAUGAUGAAGGCCGGCGCCGACUGGCGGAACGGCUCCAGGCGCUUUUCCAGAGCCAAUUUCAGCAGCCUCAGCAGGAGACUCUGCAAAGAAAGCCCCUGAUCUGAUAUGAUGAUAUCCAUCCAACAAGCCACGACGCACCACACCAUUAGCGCUUGCUCUCCAUCCAGUAUCCAUCAGACAAACUAGAAAGAAUACAAGACUCAAAACUUAGCAGCAGAGAAUGAGGCGAGAAUGUACGAUGCAAUGCGAUCUCGGAAGAAGGUGGCUUCUGCGCUUGGAUUGUGAAUUGAGAAAAUGACUGGUUUUGCUGAUC